GCAUGCUCGGUGCCGCCUCAGCCCCAGCCGGAGGUGGAAGAUGGCGGAGCCGGGGCCGGACUGCGGAACCCUGCUCGACGAGGCGCUCUCCUCCUUCGUCUUCAACUACCUCGCUGACAGCCAGUAUGAGGUGUCUGAUGAGGAGCAUCUCUACUCCGACUUCCCCGAGAUCGAUUUGUCCCAGCUGGAUGCCAGUGACUUCGACUCAGCUGGCUGCUUUGGCGAGCUGCAGUGGUGUGCAGAGCACUCCGAGACGGAGUCCAGCCAGUACAGCACCGACGACUCUGAGCUCUUCCAGAUAAUAGACAGCGAGAAUGAAGCGCUGCUGGCGGCCCUCACCGAGACACUGGAUGAUAUGCAGGGAGAUGACGUGGGCCUGGCUGCCUUCCGAUGUAUGGAAGAGGGGGACACGCUCAACCAUGCCUACACCUCGCCUGCCCCCUCCCCCAAACCCAGCGCCCUGGUCACGGGGGAGCUGCCCCCGGCCCCCGAGGUUGAUGAGCUGUCUCUACUGAAGAAAUUGCUCCUCUCUCCAUCGCCUCCGAGCUGUGAGGUGCAGAGGGAUGGGAGCACCCGGCGCCCGGGGACACCCAAAUCUCGGCCAUCUCGACCCUACACAAAGGUGGAUGCUCCCCGGGACCGGCAGGCGGGCGCUCCGCAGAGCCGCAGCUGCACCGAGCUGCACCGGCACCUCACCUCCGCCACCCCCUGUGCCCAGACCAAAGCCCCCCGUGUGACCGAGCGGUGCCACAGCAGCCACCACUACCCACCUGUGGGUGACUGCGUCCAGCAUGAGGACGACAGCGACUGCAGUGAGGACUCGCUCAGCUCCAGCGAUGCGGUGCCCUCUCCUUCCUCGGUGGAGGACGGCUCUGACGGACGGUUCUCCUGCGAGGGGGGGCUGCACUCGGUGGUGGAGCUCAUCCGCUACAUGCACACCUACUGCCUGCCGCCCAGGAAGCUGCCCGCCCGUGACGCUGUUGAUGCCAGGCCCCAGCCCUGCGGCAGCCCCUUCAAGAGAGCCAAAGCAGACUGCGCCCUGCGAGAGAGCCGGCCGGGCUGCGCCUGGCACGCAGCUGGGGCCUGCCAGAAGCCAGCAGCCUCCUUCUCCAUCCUGAAGGAGCUGCUGGCACGGGACCUGCUGUGCGAUGUCAGCAAGCCCUACCGCCUGGGCAGGCCCGUGUACGCCUCCCUGGCGCGGCUGCCCCCCGCCUGCUGCCCUGCAGUGCAGGCCCAGGACAGGGAGGAGGCUGGUGGGGCCUGCAAAUCCAGAGCCAAAGCGGUGCCAGAGAAAGUGGAGCCGCGGCACAGCCCUGGGACUGAGAUGGAGGCGACUGGGGAGCCUGGAGGUGUGGAGGAGGAGGCCGGGAGGCAUGCGAGCACACCAGGCACAGCUGUGGGGAAGGUGGCCCGCAGGCCCGAGAGCGCUGUUUAUGCCGUCCGACGGUCCAAGAGACUCAACCCUGAGCUGGGCCACUGGCUGUCCUUCCUCGACGAGCCGCCCUCCGACCCCUCUGUGCCCCAGGAGGCCACAGCCAGCAGGGAGCCCGUGCUGUGCCCGCCACUGGAGGCCUUCCCUGCCGAAGAGCCCGCGGCCGAAGUGGAGGUGGGCGGCACAGACGAGGGAGAUGGUGGGAGCGCAGUGCCGCCAGCAGAGCCCCAGCCCCUCAUCCCGGCAUCCCUGGGGGAUGGUGAGAGCUGUGAGAGCCAGCGCUGUGCCCCCCAGCAGCAUGCAGAAACACCCCGGUGUCUCACGCUGUCCUUGGCGCAAACCGACUCUACUUUUGGGAAGAGAAACUCGGUGUCAAUGCUGACCAUGGAGCUGUGUGGUACAGCAGGUCUCACGCCACCCACCACUCCACCGUACAAGCCUGCUGAGGAGGAUCUGUACAAGCCAGACAUCCCCCAAGAGACAGGCAAGGAGGACAGCACAGUCCCCAGCUCCAGAGCUGGCAGCACAGGGGACACAGCCACCUUUCAGAAAGCCACGAAGAAGCACCCCGAGAGGACAGAGCUCUUGGCCCACCUAAGCCGAGCUGCUGAGCAGUCAGGAGUGCUCAAGCGGCCCUUUUCACGCUCCUUUGGGGACCAUGACUACUGCCAGGUGCUGAAGCCUGAGGGCACCCUGCAAAGGAAGGUGCUCAAGUCCUGGGAGCCCUCAGGCCAGAUUGAGAUGGAGCACAAGAGGAGGGUCCCAGACACACACUACCAGGGGCUGGACCUUGGCAGCAAGGAGGCAGGUGGCGAGAUGGUGUGGAAGGAUGGCAUCAAGCAGCUGAGAGAUCAGGAGAUCAGAGCCAGUUUAACGAAGCACUUUGGUGUCCCAGACAGUCCUGUUGAUGAUGAAGAUAUGGCUUUCUGCAAGACCCCCGAAUAUGACACUGUUUUUGACGACAGCUGCAGUGAAAGUGGCUCCCUGGUAGAGGAGGAAGAGGAGGAGGAAGAGGAAGAGGAGGAAGAGGAGCACUGUGACAGCCCAUUGGACACCAAGCUGUGCCUGCGGAGAAACCCUCUUUCCAGGACCAGUUUGCAUUACUGCUCCCGGAGCAGGUCCAGCUCGGGGUCUUCGUGCUGCCGGUCCCGAUCCCCCACAAGCAGACGCACCUUCAGGUGUAAGAACAGUGAGCGGUGUCAGGGUGGCAGCAGGAGCCGGGGCCAGCUUGAGAAGAAACGGGAAAAGGCCAUCGGGGAAGGCCGGGUGGUGUACAUCAGGAACCUCUCCAACAACAUGAGUUCCAGUGAACUGAAGAAACGCUUCGAGGUGUUCGGUGAGAUCGUGGAGUGCCAAGUCUUGUCCAGGACUAACAGGGGGGAUAAAUACGGCUUCAUCACCUACCGGUAUUCAGAGCACGCCGCCUUAUCUCUGAAGAAUGGCACCUCGCUAAGGAAGAGGAACGAGCCUUCCUUCCAGCUCAGCUCUGGUAGCCUCGGGAACUUCUUCUGGACCAGAUACACUGAUUUAGAUUGCAGCGUGGAGGAGUCCUCCCCGGCACCGGUGAAGAGCAAGUAUGAGACCAUGGAUUUUGACAGCUUGCUACAGGAGGCCCAGCUAAGCCUGCAUCGGUAACAGCCUUAACCUUGGAGGAAUACCUCAAUACCUCAGUCAAGGCACUUCCAAUAUGUUUACGUUUUCAAAGAAAUUAUUCAGUCUAUGACAAGCGAGAGAGAGCGAGAGAGCGAGAGCACGCACGCGCGAGAGAGAGACUGCUGUCCCUUUCAAUUGAUGUUUACAUUGAACAAAGCUGCUUCUGUCUGUGAAUCCCCAUGGUGUUGAUGUCUCACUGCCACACAUUAGUCGCCCCGCUUCUGACUGGUUGUUUUAGGGUGAGCCUAGGAGCCCCCGGCCCCCACCCCGUGCUCCCACCGUGGAGUUGCAGCUGUGUUCACCAUAACAUUUUUUGUCCGUAGUGUGUGAUGAUGAAAUUGUUAAUUGUGAAUAGAAUCAGGAUUAUAAACUAAUUUUUAAUAGAAGAAGAAAAAAGAAGUAUAUACUUAAAGAUGUAUUUAUGGCUCAGAUGUACUGUAAUUCAGAUUUAUUGUACCGCUUCCUUGAUUUUUAACUAUGCACUGUAAUGAGGCACUUGCCACUGAGCAAAUGGGGGUCAGAGCAGAGCCCCAGAGCCAGCGUUUGCCCUCUGCCACGAGGCCGCCCGCCUCCCCGCCGGGUCACCACUUUGCUGUCAAAGCCAUUCUCCUUGUUGGGGCCGAGCCCUGGCCCCCAGCUGCCGAGAGGGGCCACGGUGUGGGCAUGAAGGGAAGGGUGGUGAAGGAGUGGCACGACCACCUCCGGGCAUCCCCGCUCCAGCCUGCCGUGUGCAGGGGCAUGGCAGCUCCAUGUCUCUGCCCGCCCGACACGCUGCCCAUUCUCCAGCCGGUGCCCAAUAAGCCAUACAGCCACCCAGCACCCGGUUGGUGAGCCAGAUCUGUGCCCACCACUGGCGCGCUCCAUGCUGCUGCCUCCGUGCCCAGCAGCGUGAAGGAAGCAUGGCAGCUUUGCUGAGGCUCCUGGCUGGCCUGCCGCUGCGUGCACCAUCCCCUGCCUUUUGCUAGGGUCCCGGGCCGCCCGGCAGCACUGGAUAUAAGGCAUGCUCAAGCAGCGUCCCCAUGAAAUUUGCUUGCAAACUUGUCCCCCACCUCUGGGAGAGGUGGGAGCGGGAGAGACCCCAGCCUUGGUUGGAGGGAUCCCAACCGAGAGCAGGCCAGGGGUAAAGGAAAUCUCCCUGGCUCCUCAAGCCAUCUCCAUCACCCUCAUUUGCUUUCUGGACACAGAGACCACUAGGGAUUUAGCCAUCCUUUGUAGAUAGAAUAUAUAGCCUUAACUCUGCCAAUAGAUAGAUUAGAGUCUUCUGGGGUCUCCCUGGUACGCAACUUAGGGUUUUUAUUCUCAUUUCCUCAGUGUGGAUGCCAUUUCAUCUUGCAGGCAGUAUUACCAAAGCCCCCAAAACUGCAGGAGUUUCGGCUCCAGGAGCACUGCCUUGCCGACACAGCCUGCGGCUCCAACCCAGGCCUGUCCCUGACAGAAGAGCUGCCAGCAGCCAUGCCAGCAGCAGUGCCCACUCGUUUCUCACUGCUCUCAUGGAACCAGUAAGGCAGUGACACAGCUCUGCUGGUUCUCACAACCUGCCACCAGAGCCGGCCGUGUCCUUGUGCCACUUGGCCCUCGGCCCAGAGCAAGGGCAGAGGUCUCUCCUGCCACAGGCUAUCCCCAUCCUAUCCCCAACCCAGCAUACACGAGUAACCCUGGCCGAGACUGAGCAUCUGCUAUUGGCAAUUGCCUCAUUGUAGCUUUGCCUUUUUCUGUCCUAGUAUUUCCUCACAACAAUGAUGUUUACAUGUGAUUGCUAUAGAGCUUAUGUAGAAUGUAUAUAGCGACACAUUUAGGGUGGGUAGUACUGUCCUGUGCUGUGCUGAUGUUUUUCAGAAAACGAUCAAUCCAAAAAAAAGAAAAAAAAAAAAA